UGGAGCGCUUAUAUACUCUGGCUUUCGCAGCAUAAAUUAUGUUGCCAUCUUUGAGAACCAGAACCCAACUGUGGAAUGUUUUUAUACGCGACAACCUAUUAAUGAAAUAAGCGUAGAUCCGAAGUGGCCAGUUGAUGACGGUGUAAAUUCAAGGAGAUAUUUUUCAGUUCUUUUCGAGGAUAAUAUCGUUCAAGUAUGGGACUUCGAAAAAGGAUGCCCUUUAUAUGGACACAAAGCCCAUGUCCAACAAAGUCACGUGGAGGGAAAGGGCGAUAAAUUUAAAAUUGUUUUAAUGGAUUUCAUGAGCAACUCUAAUCUCAUGACUCUUGAUUCCCAGGAUGUUAUUGUGUUAUGUUGUAGUUCACAGAAUUAUAUUAAACGGCGUAACUUUUUGAAUUUACGGUCAGACAAAUUAUUGUCAUUAAGUUGCUCACAAUUUAAUGCAAACAUUUUUGCUGUGGGAACAAUACGCGGAGUCGUAUAUGUUUGUGAUGUACAAAAAUCGGCCGUAAUUCAUGCUUUGCGAGGUCAUCGAGAAACAGCAAUUUCAUCAAUUGUUUGGCAUUGCUUUAGUCAAAAUACAUCUAAAGAACAAGAAACUGAUGAUGAUAAAGUUUUAGAUAUAUCUGUUAAUAAAGAUUUAAAUAACGAGUGCAAACAACUAGCUAAUACAAAAUCGGAUGAUAUCUUCAGUCAUUGCUUAAGUCAAAAUGCAUCUAAAAAACAAGAACCUAAUGAUGGUGAAGUUUUAGAUACACACAUAAAUAAAGAUAUAAAUAACGACUGCGUGCAACUAGCUAUUACAAAAUCGGACGAUUGCUUCAGUCAGGAAGAAGAACUAAAUAAAGAUGAACAAUGCCAAAGUUCUGAGAAAAAUAUAGCACAUAAUAAAAGUCUUUCAAGCGACGAAAGCUUAGCAACUAUUUGUAGUUCAUCAGAUGACGAAAUAGCAGUUGAGGGUGACCCAAAUUUGUUAAAAACUAAAGUUUUAUAUAAAGCUCAGGUGCAUGCAUCGUUAGGUGGUUCCGACAAAAGUAAUCAAUCAAUUGAUAAAGUUGGAAUAACACCUGAAGACACAGUUGAAGUUGAGGAACCUAAAGACAAUAUAUCAAAAUCCAAAGAGUUCGCAGGUAAUUCUUAUACAUAA